UGCCCUCUUCAACGUUAUAGUUGCGAAUAAAUAUGUGACACUGACGCUUGAGCCUCGAGCCAUGACGAGAUAAGUAAACAUAUCACAGCGAGCAAGUAGCAGUACUUGUUUUUAAUUUCGCGCAGCGGCGUAGUACCAGAGUGAAAUCUUUGUCAGGAAAUAAACCACGGACAGGUUACCAUGAAAGUCAUUGGUGCAGGAUUAUUGAAGACAGGCACGAAUACAUUACAUGAAGCUUUUACUAUUCUCGGUUACAAGUCCUACCAUUAUUUUGAGAGUGUAUCAUAUCAUGGAGAAGAAUGGUCAAAAAUAUUAAAUAAAGGAUGGAAAACAGAAGAUUUCAAACGGAUGUACGAAAAUUUAGAUGCUGUAUUUGAUGGCCCGGGGCUCUAUUUCUGGGAGGAAAUUCAUAAAGCUUUUCCUGAAGCCAAGAUUAUCUUGACUGUUCGCGAAAACGAAGAUGUGUGGCUUGAAAGUCUGAUUAAUCAAAUGAAAGUUAUGGAAAGCAAUUUUCUAUUUCGACUGAUGGAAUAUCUCUCUCCAUCUUACCGCAAAACAAUCAUCAACAUCAUGCUUCCCUUGUCGAAAAUAUGCUUUGGAAUGGAUAUCCGUAAAAUUCGCUGGGAAAAUCAUCUUAACAGGGAAUUGAUCAAACAGAAAUAUCGAAUGCACAACAGAUAUGUGAUGCAGAAUGCACCCAAAGACAAACUCUUAGUUUACAAAGCUUCAGACGGAUGGCAACCACUUUGUAAGUUUCUUGGUAUUCCUAUUCCUGACGAACCAUUCCCACAUAAAAACAAGAAAGGAAAAAUCAUCAGUGAAUAUCUACAAUACAAUCCAUUGGUGAUUCGAAUGAAAAGAGAGAUGUUUGUAUCCUGUACUGUUCUGGCAAUUGUGGUACCAAUUGGUGGAUAUCUUCUGUAUAAACGAGGAGUAAAAAAUUUAUAUGAAUCCUGUUUAAAGUUAUUUUGACUAUGUUUAAAAUAUCACAUCUCAAAACCUUAUAUCUAAGUUUGUAAAAUAAAACUGAGUUAUCUCCGAAAAUAUUUCGUUAUUAAUGUCAAUACGGAGGGAAAAUAAUAUUAUUUAUGUAGACGUUCGUCAAAACCUUAUACUUUCAACCAGAAAUUAACCUUAUGAUCACAAAAACUUGAGAUGAUUCACCCCAUAAUCUUAAUCACAAACAGUUUUUUUUUGACAUUUAUGAAUUACUUUUGUGUCUGAAGAUUUUCUCGGGUAUCAUAGCUAGUCGCAUAGUUAACACGAAGCCGCCAAUCCUGAUUCGGAAAAAGAUGCAACGAGCUGAUAACCAUUUAUAAGCCUCUAUGUAUAAUAAUCUAUCUGCUAUCGAGUUUACACAACUGCUACAAACUAUUUCCGAUUGAAUAUAUUCAUUACAAAAACACUG